UCUAACUUUUUUCAAAUGAUUUUGAUUCAGAUUUUGGUGACAAAACAGUAUAAAAAUUUUUUCACUCGAUAGUUUUAAUGAAUUGCAAUCUUUAAAAACAAAAAUCUUCAUCGAUGACGCCAGUAAGAAUCUUCUAAUAUUAGAUCACAAACCUGGAACAAGUCCUAGACUUCUUGUCUGAAAAUGACGAGGUUAUCAUCAAAGGCGCUUAGGAUCAUCAAAACAUGCAAUCUGUACGCCAGUUGCGUAUCUUCAGGUAUUUCAAUGGCAGUGGUCGGACCUUGCCUAUUGGAUUUUCAAGAACUCGUACAUACUGACACUGAGCACAUAGCAAUCAUAUUUACCUGCCGAUCAGCGGGAUAUUUAGCUGGUUCUCUGCUUGGUGGUGCGUUAUUCGAUCUUACAGAAAAGAAACAGUUUUUGAUGACUGUUUUCAAUUUUCUCAUUUCUAUCAGCAUGUUUGCUGUCCCUUGGUCCAGGACGGUAGGAAUGCUGGCAGGAUGGUUGGUUUUGAGUGGAUUUUCCAUGGGUGCUCUAGAUACAGGUUUAAAUGUGUGCUGUCUCAAUCUAUGGGGUAAAGAAAGCGGACCUUUUUACCAAGCUCUCCACUUCACGUACAGCUUCGGAAGUCUUUUGGCACCUCUUAUAGUGGCACCUUUCCUCGGAGAUUACCAUCAUGAAUCACUUAUCAAUGGCACAUCAUCAUUUCUGAACGAAACUUCAGUGGAAUUCAGCAGUAAUUUCAACAAUAUCAGCACAAAUUUCAACAAUACCAGUAAUUUGCAUGGUUCUGAAAUUCCAUCUCUAACGUAUGCUUACCUAAUUAUGGGAGGAUAUUCGCUUGUAGUUGCGGUUUCUUUUCUGGCUGUGUGCAUUAUCGCGCCAUUAGAUGUCGGCAUUAGCAAAAAUGAAACGACCGAAAGUAAACAAACAAACUUUACAUUUGUCACUAUAGUUGUAAUGCUUGCUUUUUCGCUGUUAUUUGUAGAAACAGGUACGGAAAUAGGCUACGUACAAAUGGUUGCCACAUAUUCAGUAAAAGGUCAUCUACACUUGACAUCAGUCACUGGCUCAUACGUUACAUCAUCAUUCUGGGCAGCUCUUACGAUUUCAAGAUUUUCCUCCAUAUUUCUUGCCAUUAAAUUCAGUAGCUUAGCCGUUAUAGUAUUCGAUCUUAUUAUAUAUUUAGCUGGAGCUGUGGUUCUUCAGUUCUUAGCUGCAUCUAGAGAAUGGGCCCUAUGGCUUGCCACAGUUUUGCUUGGAUUUGGUGUAGCGUCUUUGUUCGCAUCAGUCAUAACAUGGGUUGAGCGAUAUAUUACCGUUUCUAACAAAAUUCUUGGACUGUUCGCGAGUGGCGCUGCGUUUGGUGAAAUGGCAAUUCCUUAUGUCAUUGGUUAUUUCCUUGAAAAAAUUCCGGAGGUCCUUAGUUAUGUGGUUACAGCAUCGUGUGUCCUUUCAAUACUUCUGACAGUAAUACUGUAUUUAAUAUUGAGAAAUAAGCAAGAUAAGUAUGUAGAAAAAGAAGGAAUUCCUAAUGUUGCCUUUGAUGCAAAUGCAGCAGAUUAGGAGAUUAUUUUCGAUGGUUUUCAUGCCAUAUUUCUCAGGGACAUAAAAAAACAUAUUUUUUAAUCAAAAAAAUCACAAGAGAUCUAUCUUAGUUAAAGAAUUGCUAUUAUUUGAAUUCGAAAUUUAAAUAAAAGCAGUUAUGUAAGUGAAAACCAACCACAAUAUUAUGGGCUUUUUCUGAAUGCACUUAAGUGUAAUAUUUUACUGCAGUAUGUACUGUAAUACCUUAUAUUUACGUUACCAGCCGUAUCUAAAAAUGAAUGUAGGGAAGAUGUUUUUAAACGGCAUAGCUACAUUCAUACAGGCCAUAUUACUUUUUGAUACAGUUGGAUAUUUAUAAUUAGUUAUUGCUAUAGUGAUUGAAAUUUAAUAAUUGAUUUUUGGAAUGAUGUUCAGCAUUAAAUUAAUGUCUCAUGUCUUGCUAAAUCAAUAAUAACUUAAAAAGGUAUAGAGUUGAGAUAGUUCACAAUUGCAUACUUCUUGCAUUUAAAUAUAUUGCAGAUCUUUUCGUUUCAUAUUUUCUUGUGAAUUUUCAAAAUAUUAUAAAUUGACAAGAAACAUUAGAAUGAGGAUUUGUAAUAAUAACACAUAUUUUGCAAAUUUUAUUGCAAAAUAUAUGUAUAAAUCUGCAAAAUAAUAACUUAGAGAUAAUGUUCUGUUAUUUCAAUAGGAAACGAAUUGGUAUCUUUUGAAUGAUGAGUACAAAACACACGACUUUGAAAAAUUUUGAACAAAAUUGCCUUAUAUUGAUUUAAGAUUUUAAAAAUUUGUUUUGUAUUUUUUUGUUGUUGUUUGUUUGUAUAGUGCAAGAAAACAUGAUUAUCGUAUUAUUAUGUUUGUAAUUUUUCAAAAGUGAAAAAACGUUUAUGUUUAAAAAAAUCAAGUUAAAAAGAUCCGUCUAAUAAAAAAAGUGUUCAUUUGAUUUAAACAUUCUUAUGGAUAAAUAUUUAUACUCCACAAGUAAUUAACACUUGAUGUAAAUGCACUUUUAGAUUUAUAUCAUUCUCUAGAAUUCUUGGUCAACAGAAUAAUAAUUUUUUAUUUCAAUACAAAUUUUGUAAA